GGCCGAGAGAGCUCCUCGACUCGACGUCGCGUUUCACGCGCGCGCCUUCGCUCCAGUCGAUGCGUCACGGUGUCUCUGUCUUGUCUGUGUCUCUCGCGCGUUGCAUCCGUCCCUUCGUCCGCGCCCUACUCGCGGGAAUCUCGAAAAGCCCGUAGAAAGUGGAGUCUCGAAUCGAACGCAGGAGAGAGAGAGGGAGGAAGCGAUCGGAGGGAAAGGUAUAAAUCGCGCGAAGGCCAGAGGGAUAAAAAGAGAGGCGUCUAUAUGGUAGGAGGGUUGUAUACGAACGUACGAUCCAUCUACCAGAUGAUGAGGAAGCCUGGAAACCUGUAGACUCGGGACUGUAUGUGUGUGUGUGUGUGCUAUCGCGUCCGCAAAGCACCGAGCUUUCGACGAUAAUGGCUCCUUUCGUGGAAUUCGCGAGUCGAGAUCUGGUGACGAAACGUGGUAAUGACAUUUGAGGGACCGAUUUUACCGACAGUCAGCGAUUUACCGGCUGGGAUUGAUUACGUGCUUCUGCGUCUGGAUUUUUCAGAUAUAGAUGACGCUUCUCAGGCUUCUCUGUUGACUUGUCAAAUUGCUCGGUUAUUUUGCUAGUUCGCGAGUUUGCUUGAAAAUCGUAUUUGAAGAUGGAUAAUGCCGCAUCUUCGAGUGCAUCUUCCGUGAAAGCAAAGUACGACGAGAGGAUGAAACGACUCAGGGAACUUCACUCCAAGAGGAAUGAAGCCAGAAUGCAGAAUCACAAGGAAGUUGUAGAGGAAGAUAAGAGGAACAAGCUACCUGCCAACUGGGAGUCUCGCAAGAGACAGGCCGAAUGGAUAAUGCAAGACGAAGCUGCUAGGAAAGAAGCAGAAACUAAAGGUGAAGAUUACGAACGAAUGAAAUUGCUGAAUGUUGACGCCACAGAAGCAGAGAGAAUAGCUAGAAAGAAGAAGAGCAAACAAAAUCCGGACCCAGGUUUCUCAGAUUACGAACAAGCAGCGAUACGAUCAUAUAACAGAUUAGUGAAGAAUAUCAAGCCAAAUAUGGAAGCAUACGAAGAAACAAAGGAAAAGCUAGGACCUGCCUUUUAUGGAGACCGAAAUACGAUAUUACAUGGCUUGCACGAGGAUAAAAAAGAAGCAAUUGACAAAAUGGUCACCAAUCUGGAAAAACAGAUCGCAAAGAGGGAGAAGUAUAGCAGACGUAGAAUGCAUAACGACGACGCGGAUAUCGAUUAUAUUAACGAACGUAAUGCAAAGUUCAAUCAGAAAUUGGAAAGAUUCUACGGCGAAUAUACUCGGGAGACAAAGUUGAAUUUGGAGAGGGGUACGGCUAUAUAAUGUGGCGGAAUGUUGCUACAAUUGUUAUAAAUUACUUUAUAUUUAUACAUAUUAUGCGAUAAUUUUUAUA